AUGACGAAGACAAUCUACGUCUCCGACCACGCCAUCCAACCGCCCCUCCCCGAGACCAGCCUCUUCACCUACCUCACAGGUGUCGGCGGUCCCAGCCCUCUCCCCAAGUUCUCCGCAGACCUCCCCGCCUUCAUCGACGGAGCGACGGACCGGAUUCUGACCCGCGGCGACCUCAUCAACAAUGCGCUCAAGCUCGCCGGCUCUCUCAACGCCCUCGGCCUCGGCAAGGGAAGCACAGCGUGCAUCUGGGGCUUCAACUCGCUCCCCUGGGCGCAGACGGUGUACGGCUGUCUCGCUGCGGGCGUCACACUUUCGCCCGCCAACUACGCCUACGAGCCGCAUGAGCUCGCGCACCAGCUGAACAACUCUGGUGCCGAGAUCAUCUUCAUUGACGCGGACCUCCUGCCCAAGUUUGACGCUGCGCGCAAGGACCUGAAGCGCGAGUGGCCCGACAGCCGCAUCGUUCUGCUCGAGCAGAGCCCUGCCAAUGGUGGAAUCACGUCGCAGCGCUUCAAGACCGUCGCCGACCUGGUCAAGGAGGGCAAGCCCGCGCAGCCGGCCAAGUUCGACGGCGCUGAGGCGCACAGCAACGACUCGUGGCGCUGCUACUCGUCCGGCACGACCGGUCUGCCCAAGGGCGUCCAGACCAGCCACUGGAACAUGACGAGCCAGCUCCAGUGCGCCAACAUUGCCUUCACCAAUAUGGCCGAGGGCAAGGACGUUGUCCUCUGCUUCCUCCCCUUCUCCCACAUCUACGCCGUUACCCUCGCUCUCUGCCAGCCCUUCUCCCAGGGUCGCCCCGUCGUCGUCCUCCCCCGCUUCGAGGAGAUCCAGGUCCUCAAGACGAUCCAGAAGGUGACCAUGGUCCACCUCGUUCCCCCUCUCUUCCUCGUCCUCCUCCAGUCGAAGAACGUGCCGAACUACGACCUAUCGUCGAUCAAGAAGGCGAUGUCCGGUGCCGCGCCGCUGUCGAGCGAGAUCUGCGACGCUUUCCUCAAGCUCAUUCCGGGUGUCCGCAUCCUGCAGGGAUACGGUAUGACCGAGACCUCCCCUAACAUCUGCACGAUGAACGAGCACGAGUCCGUCGGCCGCGACGGAUGGGUCGGCCGUCUGAUCCCUCACACCGAGGCUCGCCUCGUCGACCCGGAGACCGGGAUGGACUCGGAGCGUGGCCAGCCAGGCGAGCUCUGGGUGCGCUCUCCCUCAGUCAUGCGCGGCUACCACCUGAACCCGAAGGCAACUGCGGAGACGAUCGUGGAGGACGGCUGGCUGCGAACAGGCGACAUCCUGGUCCGCGACGAGCAGGGCUGGUACAAGGUCGUCGACCGCCUGAAGGAGCUGAUCAAGUACAAGGGUCUGCAGGUCGCGCCCGCCGAGCUCGAGGGACUGCUCCUCACGAAUCCGGGCGUCAAGGACGUCGGCGUCGUUGGCGUCUGGGACGCGAAGCAGGCCACCGAGAUGCCGCGCGCGUACGUCGUGUCGGGCGUGCCGCCCAAUGAGCUCCACCGCUUCGUCGACGACCGCGUCGCGCAGCACAAGCGUCUCCGUGGCGGUAUCGUGUUCCUCGAGACUAUCCCCAAGAGCCCCUCGGGCAAGAUUCUCAGGAAGAACCUCCGCGAGAUGGCCAAGCAGGACAAGGAGAAGGUCCACUACCGCGCCGGCCAGGGUGCUCGUGCCCGUCUCUAA